AACCUAAAAAUCAAUCUUACCUAGAACAUGUAGCAUCUUAUCAAAUUUAUAAACUUUGUUUAUAACGAACGUGAUAAAAUUGUACGACGUUUUAAACCUUGAAUUGUUACAAUGUUAAUCUCAAGAGGUGUAAAUCUGUUAAAACACACGUCGAAACAUGUGAAAAGAAAAAGUUCUGUAAUGAAUAACCAACCUGUUCGAUUAUCACAUGGAGAAUGGUCUUAUAGAGAAAUGAAACAUGAACCAAAUAAGUAUUUUACAUUAACAGCUGAGAUUUUUGGUGGCAUUGCAUGGUGGUGGUUUUUAUAUAGAAUGUGGCACGAUUAUCAUCAUCUGAUUGGACAUUUUGAAUAUCCAGAUCCAUCAAAAUGGACAGAUGAAGAAUUAGGAAUACCAACCGAUGAUUGACUGAUUGAUCAAUCAUAUGUUUCUGUAGAUAAUUUAUGAGUUUCCUACUCUGGUAACAAAUUUUUUGAGUAACAAGGUAAACCUUCGUCUAGCAUUUUAAAAUAGUAGGUAUACUACUAUAAAAAUAAAGUGAAACUAUCUGUAGUACAAUUGUAUAAUAUAUUAAUAAACUUGUACUACUUAUAAAA